AGUUGAUCAGAUGAUGACAUUUUAUGAUACAAAGAAAAGAAUUAGUGGAAAUGGAAAUGAGAAGACAUAAUUUAUUUGAAUAUCGAGAUUAAAAUAGAUCGAAGGUUGAUUAGGAAAAUUUAAAAAGAGAUAAGAACAUGAAGCAUAUAAAGCUUAAGUUACUAAAUUUAUGAUGCAGUA